GCAGAGCGGGAAGGGGGGUGUGUGUGUAGGGGGGGAGGCGGGCCGCCAUUACGCGGCGCGGAGCAGGCCUCGCCUCCCGGUUGUUGCGCCGUUACCGUUAAACGGGCCCGGGCUUUUGCGGGCCCCGAUCGCGGCGGGGCCCUGCCCGGCCCCAGCGCGGCGGGCAGCACCGCCGCCAUGGAGGAGAAGGGUUUCGCCAAGGAGCUGGACCAGUGGAUCGAGCAGCUGAACGAGUGCCGGCAGCUGAGCGAGAGCCAGGUCCGCAGCCUCUGCGAGAAGAGCUCUACCAGUUCCGAGGGAGUGUGGUGAGAAGGGCUGGUGCUGCAGCAGGGAGCGACAGCAGUGGUUUGAAGAGUAGAUGUGUCUUGAAGAGAGCUGUGGCUGCUGUGUCUUGAGAAGCUGGAGGACAGUGCCAGCAGAUUGUGGCUGUACGUCAGGGCUCUCACAGUAAAUGGGGAGAGUGGCAGCUCAGCACGCCGCGUUGCAGCUGGAGGUGGAGAGGGUGUUUGUCAUCCAGAUGACAGGCUAAAGAAAUUCUUACGAAAGAAUCGAACGUGCAAGAGGUACGUUGCCCCGUCACCGUCUGCGGGGAUGUCCACGGUCAAUUCCACGACCUUAUGGAACUCUUUAGAAUUGGUGGGAAAUCGCCAGACACAAAUUACCUGUUCAUGGGAGACUACGUGGACAGAGGCUAUUACUCGGUGGAAACGGUGACUCUUCUAGUAGCGCUGAAGGUGCGCUACCCAGAACGCAUUACAAUACUGAGGGGCAAUCACGAAAGCAGACAAAUUACACAAGUGUAUGGCUUCUAUGAUGAAUGUCUGCGAAAGUAUGGCAAUGCCAACGUCUGGAAGUAUUUCACAGAUCUGUUUGAUUAUCUUCCGCUUACAGCUCUAGUAGAUGGCCAGAUAUUCUGUCUCCACGGUGGCCUCUCUCCAUCCAUAGAUACACUGGAUCAUAUCAGGGCUCUGGACCGCCUUCAGGAAGUUCCACACGAGGGUCCUAUGUGUGACCUGUUAUGGUCGGAUCCAGAUGAUCGUGGCGGCUGGGGUAUAUCUCCACGUGGUGCUGGCUACACGUUUGGGCAAGAUAUUUCCGAAACAUUUAACCAUGCCAAUGGUCUCACACUGGUCUCCCGUGCUCACCAACUUGUCAUGGAGGGCUAUAAUUGGUGCCACGACCGAAACGUGGUUACCAUUUUCAGUGCGCCCAAUUACUGUUACCGCUGUGGGAACCAGGCUGCUAUCAUGGAACUAGAUGACACUUUAAAAUAUUCCUUCCUCCAGUUCGACCCAGCACCUCGCCGUGGAGAGCCUCAUGUUACCCGUCGUACCCCAGACUACUUCCUAUAAACCUCUCCUAACCUUUUAGAAGGAAGUACACCUGGCAUUUUAAAGAGCAACAAUAUUUACACGUUUCUGUAAGAAAUCGGGGUUCGUCUCAACUUAAAAUCCCCAUCAUGGACCAAAAUGUGCCAUACAGAGGAUGAAGAGCGUUUAGCACAACUUGAGACUGAAUUCCUUACAACACUAUAUUAUAUAUCCUAUACCCAUCAGUCCAACAGUCAGUUUGCCUGCUGUAUUUGUAGUCAUUGUUUUUCUUCUGGACUGUUCAGAGAGGAAAAGGUAACUCUAAUAACACUUCCAUCUCCUUUGAUGCUUUGUAAAUUUUUAGUUGUAGUGUUAACUGGCAUGAAUUGGAGUUUAUUUUCGAGGGAAAUGCACACUAACUUCUUCCCCUACCACUCUUUAUUUUAUUGAAAGACCGACUUAACUGGAGAAAGGAAGCAAUUCCUGCUUGGGAGUACGUUGUCAUAACACAGAUAAAAGCGUUCCCUUUUUAGCUCGAUUCCUACUCGGUGUUGAUCCUGCCUUUUUUUUUUUUUCUUUUUUUUUUUGUCCAUUUGUUUUGGGUUGUUUUUUUUGUUGUUGUUGUUGUUAUUUUCCCUCUCCCCUCUGUACAUUUGUCCUGGAAGUGCUUGCAAUCCUCCUCGCUGUACCUAAACCAAUAAACUUUGCUGUUGUCAGCCCCAA